UGAUGCUAGAAUGUAUUCUGCUAUACUAACUCAAGAUUCUCUCAUAUUCAACAUACUAAUACCCUGUUAGUCUAAAAGAGUCUUUAUGUUGAAUAAAUAGAAUAUGUGUGUUACAUUUAACAGAAUAAUCUGUAGCAAUAACAGAAUACAUUCUAACAUCACUCAGACAACAGAUUUGCUGCUAAACUUAGCAUAUUAAUUUCGGAGUUUUUUUUAUCGGGCUACAUGCAUGCGCCGUGUCCUUCACGGCAUGAUCAAAAACAGAAAACGGGGCAGAACCAUAAAUUACAUCAUUUAACAAAACACUAAACGUGCACGUAAUGGGAGGAAAAGGAGAUAUUUGACAUGAGUAUAUAUAUAUAGAGAGUUAAGAUGAGGUGCGUAUAUUGACAAAGCUAUGAGAAUGACAGCGUGGUUGCACAUUCAUGGCCUGGUGUUUAAAUAUUACUUGAAAGGCCUCAAGUUGAUUUUGUGUGUGUUAAGUAUAUGUGGGAAAGUUUGUCGCCAUACUCGUUCACCGGACUAUGUACAGCAAGACACAGGUGACUGUACGCGGAAUGUCAUCUAUGGAUAUAUUUAACAGAAUAAACCUAGAUUAUGUUCGGGAGACGACCCGUAUUUGUGCUGACAUGCCUAGGACUCGGCGGACUGCUGAUUUUCACAAUCUAUCAAAGUGACCUUGGGCUGACAAAGGCAAAGUUACUCUGGAAAACUAAUACGGAUCUUCUGUGGUUCAGCAGCACGCCCAAGCACAUCAAACCUUUAUCCGAUGAUAUUACCAUCGUAACGGCUUACUUUAACAUUGGGAAUUUUUUCAAAGCUCGAAAGGACAACGUGCGAGGACCUAAUGAGUACCUAAGCUGGAUGAAAGUCUUCAGCCGAAUACGUAAUCCAGUCGUGGCAUUUUUUGACGACGAGCAAAUGUACGCAAACUUUACCAGAUUCCGUUCUAAGUUUCCUUAUAAUACUAAAACGAUUUUAGUAAAGCGAAAAGAUUUGUGGUCAUUUGGACUAAGAGACCGAAUUGCUGACAUCUUUCGUACGCCUGGUUAUCCACAGCACCUGCCAAAUACAGUCGUACCUGAGUAUUCCUGUAUAAUGCAUGCUAAGUUUGAGUUUCUGCUGAAAGUGGCCGAAGAAAAUUAUUUUGGUACAAAAUACAUCAGCUGGUUGGAUAUUGGUCUUUUUCGCUUUGAUACAAAGAAUUUCAGUUUUGGAUUGUGGCUUCCGUCAAAUUUCGACCCACAGAAAGUAUCAUAUUCACAAGUUGGUGAAUUUAACAAUAAUCUAACUCCCCAAAAAAUUGUCGUCGAUAAUAUAGUUUGGGUCAGUGGAGCGAUGAAUCUGGCGAGAAUGAACGUGAUGAAAAACUUCACACGAGAUUACAUUCGCUUCGUGAACUAUUGUCUUGAUUCUAAGUUCAUUAGUACAGACCAGCAGGUGAUCUAUGGAAUGUACUCCAAAUUUACUCCUGAGAGAGCCAAACCCUCUGUCCAAAUUCAACCUUACACAAACGGCCCUGGUGACGUGUACUUUCAGUUAGGAUAUAUCUGUAGAGAAGAAUGGUUUAAAAAGCGGGCAAAUGUUUCAACAAAAUCUACUCGUACAUAAUAUAGCAAGGUGAUCAUAAGAUGAGUAUUUAUAUUCCAGUCGUUGCUUUAUGCAAUGGCUAAAUGGUCCUGGUAGUGAUACGCUACAGUCUGUUUCUUUAAGCAAGUCACCUAAAAUACCUAGCUACCAAAAUUACCUUUAGUCAGUGAUACGCAACAACACAAGCUCUGCACACGAACAUGUUGAAAGUUCAUAUCCAUGCAAAUAAAAUGAAGCUAGAGCAGUGUUACUAAUUCAUAAUGUUAAGCUGCACAGCUUGUUUUCGACACCAACAAUUUGGCCACGUUUAUAUCCUUAAUAAAUGAAUUCUAUUUUAUCUCACGGCAAUAUGGUUUCAAAUUUGCAUGUUAGGACAUUCUUGGAGACAGUGGUGUAGAGUGUGUUACAGCACGGAGUUCCACAUGUUGGUGCAGCCAUUGUGAAACAAAUUACUCUCCAAGCCCAUUGUCUAGGAGGCUACUUGCUUUUGAAUAAUUACGACGCCAUCCACGCCAAUUAAUUCCCGGUGUUGAUACCAAGCUUAUGGAGUUCAACAUUAUCAGUUAUUCUCACUGCAUAUUCUUUUUAAUGAUAUGGACGUCCAACAUAUCGAUGUGUAGAAUUUGUGAUGUUACGUGUCAUGAACGGCAGUUUGUAUGCAAUUUGAAUAUGACUGACUUUACUGACAGCGAUUGGUUAAAAAAAAAACGCAGACUAUUGGUUCCCAUGCGUACAAAAUGGUGACUGACUAUUGCUCGCUACACGAUUAAUAUCACACACAUCAUGGUAAUUGCUGUGCUAAUCUUUAGUCACGGCCAUGGCUAAGUUUGUACACGGAGGCCCACUUAAACCUUGAACAGCUCCAAGGUGAUUACAUAGGGUUGCGGUAAGAAUUCUCAAAUUCCAACAACGUACACCUGAAACAAUUUAAUGAAGAGAGCUGAUUAUAGUUCCGCGCAGCGAUAUCACAUGUAGUGGUGAGGCUAGGUCUAAACUAGACCUGUUGCGCUGCAUGGAUUUGUGUUUUAGUUUUCGUUUAGUUUCCCUGCUUUCUCGCUGUGACCCGAAUGACCUUGGCCUUGUUCAAGAUUUCUGUGCACAAUUUAUCAAUGCUGGCGGUGAUGUAAAGCGAUAGCUGUAAAGAGCGUGUGCAUGUGCUGUAAAGAGUUUGUACAUGUGCUGUAAAGAGUUUGUGUAUAUGUGCCAUUAGUUUGUUGUCAUUCUGUAUCACGAAUGUAAUAUUGACACUUUACAAUUAAAAAAGUAAUUGAGGAAAACUUUACUUCUUACAUAAUGUUGUAACAGCUUGUGUAUUUCUAGCACUGUACGCACACUUAUUUUACAUUGCUGUUAUAGAUGUGAAGCUGUAGUUCCCUGUUCUCUGUGCAAAAUUGCUUGUACAUUACUCUUCUGAAUGUUUGCAGAAGUAUAUAAAUGGGGAGAAGUGUGCCUAGUUGAUUCAUAAAUGCCAGGCUCCAAGUUCUUGAAUGCAUUCCAAUAAACCAAGUAUAGGCCUAUGUUACUGUAAAAAAAAAAAAAAACCAAACAAUUGCCAAUGUAAAAGAUUUAAUAAAGGCGCUGAUUUUAUUUGCCACAAUAUCCGACAAAGAAGUGGCCCUAAAACCAGUAUUUCAACAACAUCGCUCUCGCUAUAUGAUUCCCCAUCUAGGUACUCCCACUUCACUGGUACAUGUACAUAGUCACAGCAAUAGCCGAUCUUUUAUAGCAGGCCACAAAUUAUUUCCCAUAAUUCCUCUCGCCAUGUGUAUUUUUCGUACCAUCCCCCGAGUGGCCUAUCAGACUAGAGGGCAUGGGACGAUCAUCUAACGUAGCACUUCUCAAACUUUUCUUUAUGUAUGUACUUCUGAUGUUUGUUUAAUUUAAUCUUAAUUUAUUUAACCUAUGUAUUGUUUUGCAUUACUAUGUUGUGAAUAUCUGUGUAUAUGUAGUUCCCUGGACUUCAUGCAUACUUGUUUUGUAGUACCAUGUUGUGAAUGUUUGCGUAUUUGUAGUUCCCUUGACAUUUUUGCCUUAUUACGCUAUGAAUGUUUGUUGUAUUUGUAGUUCCCUGGACUUAAUGCAUUCUUGUUUUACAUUACAACGUUGUUAAUUUUGUGUAUUUGUAAUUCCCUGGACUUUAUGCAUUCUUUUUUUGCAUCACCAUGCUGUGAAUGUUUGUUGUAUUUGUAGUUCCCUGGGCCUCAUGCAUACUUGUUUUGUAUUACUGUGUUGUGAAUGGCUGUGUAUUUGUAGUUCCCUGGACGUCAUGCAUACUUGUUUUGUAUUACUAUGUUGUGAAUGGCUGUGUAUUUGUAGUUCCCUGGACUUCAUGCAUACUUCUUAUGCCAGAUGCAACGUAGUAUAUCGGCCCAGUUAAUAAGCCAAAUAGGUCAAGUGGUACAGUUGCAAUUAUUUUACCUUGAGCAAUAAAAAGAAUGUCAGCUCGAAACUCCGCUAUCAGAGGAAGGGUGCACCACUCCGCUACAAGUGACGUCACUGGAAAUUCGUGAACAUGACGUGUG